AUGGCAAUCUCAAAGGCUUACUUGAAUGUCGAUGACAUAUCAUACACCCAGAAACACUUGAUGUGUAUUAUGGGGCUUCUCUUGCCUCCUGUGCCUUUCUUCCUCAUGACGGGCCCCAACUACACGUUCAAGACUAAGGAGUUCUUUAUUUGUGUAUUGUUAAUGAUUGUGUUGUGGUUUGCUGCGAUCAUUUAUGCCGUUUGGUUUGUCUACAUUGGCUUUGACGAGGGCAGGAAAAACGGCUACCAGAGAUUGAACAACGACCCCGAGAGAAGGGAACCAGCUACUACCGCUCGGGCUGGAUCUGCUCCUACUGCUCCAACUGCCCCAGCCGCCUCUGCUUCACCUGUGGAGCCUCCAGCUGCUUCACAGGAGCCCGCAGAAGCAUCCCUUCCUUCUUAUGAGGAAAGCGAAGAAGCUCACCCUACUCAGUCCUCUGCAGACUCCAAGCCUUUGGGAGACCACAAGAUCCAGCACUAG